CGUACCGCGGGGCUGGCCCUUCCCCCGGGGGAGUCGGUUCCUCCCCAACCCGGCGGGAGCUGGCGCAUGCGCCCCACUUCCCUUGGCCCGGGGUAGCGCGCUGUCGGGGUGGGAGGGCGAGGUUGAGCGGCCUCAGCGAGGGCUGGGGCUGGCUCAGCUGCUCCUGUCCUGGUUCUAGGCUGCGCAUGGUUGGGGUGAGGCAGGCAGGGCGGGGAGCAGAAAGCAGAGCAGCAGAUCGGGUAGGCUCACAAGCCCUGAAGACUCGAGGAAGUUUCUGAGGCUUUUUCACGAUGUGGCAUCAGCCGCCGGUCCUGCAAGCGGAUCCUUUUGUUGUCCAAACCAAGUGAGGCCACCUCGUUGCCCCAGUAUGGUUCUCCGGGUUUUUUUGGACCAUCUUCCUGGCUCUCGGGGACUGCUUCCUUUCUGGGAUUGGCGCUGUGAAGCUCCCCUUCCGCUCUGUGUUCAGCCCAGGUGAGAAAUGACCACGCCUAACAAGACACCGCCUGGUGCUGAUCCCAAGCAGUUGGAAAGGACUGGAACAGUUCGGGAAAUAGGCUCGCAAGCCGUUUGGUCACUUUCAUCCUGUAAACCAGGUUUUGGAGUUGACCAAUUACGAGAUGAUAAUCUAGAAACAUACUGGCAGUCUGAUGGGUCACAGCCUCAUUUGGUGAACAUCCAAUUUAGAAGAAAAACAACAGUGAAGACGUUAUGUAUUUAUGCAGACUACAAAUCUGAUGAAAGCUACACUCCAAGCAAGAUCUCUGUCAGAGUAGGAAAUAAUUUUCAUAACCUUCAGGAGAUCCGGCAGCUUGAAUUAGUGGAACCAAGUGGCUGGAUUCAUGUUCCUUUAACUGAUUCUCAUAAGAAGCCUAUUCGCACCUUUAUGAUUCAGAUUGCUGUUUUAGCCAAUCACCAAAAUGGAAGAGACACUCACAUGAGACAAAUUAAAGUGUAUACCCCAGUGGAAGAGAGCUCCAUUGGAAAAUUUCCCAGAUGUACAACGAUUGAUUUCAUGAUGUAUCGUUCCAUAAGGUGAAUCUUCUUAUAAAGGAAUAAUAAAAGGGAAUUUUUGUUA